UCAAUCAGUUUGUUUGCGACUCUCGUGUGGUGUGUUGGUUUAAGGAAGUGCUCAAUAAAAUGUGUAAAUUAAUGGUUCAGUAAUAUUCGUUUUGUUGACUUGUUGUAAAUAACCCAUUCAAAAUGGGAAAGAAAUUAACAGAAGAAAUGGUUAUUGCCCGAACAAAAAUAUCAGAUCUUUCAAAAAUUAAAAGGUUGAAUUGUUGGGGCAGUGAACUUGAAGAUGUGACUUUAUUGAGAAGAAUGCCCUCAGUUGAAGUGCUGUCUUUAAGUAUAAAUAAAAUCAAUACGUUAGUGGACUUUCAAUUUUGCCAGCGGUUAGAAGAACUUUAUAUAAGACAAAAUGAUAUUAGAGACGUUUGUCAAGUUAUGUACCUGCAGUGCCUACCCAACCUGAAAAAUUUAUGGUUAGGGGAAAACCCAUGUGCCAAUAGCGAAGGAUAUCGGCUGGCCGUAAUUAGAGCUUUACCCCAAUUACAAAAACUAGAUAACGUUCAAGUGACCCCGGAAGAAAUUAGAGAGGCUCAGCGUAAUGGUAAAAUUUUAGUUCAUCCCGAAGACAGUCAAGACGAAAGCGAGGAGGAAUAUGUACAGCAAACAAUGCCUAUUCAGCGAUCGGCGUCCAGGGAUCAUUACUCAGAAAACGAAAAUAGUCCACCGCAUAUUAGUCCACGAAGGAGAGAGGAGACAAGAGUUCAACAACCUUCAGAUUAUGAAGACGUUGAGGGUAGCGAAGAAUUGUAUCCAGGUGAAGAUGCAUCUGAAGGAAGUCGGGACUUCACACCUCCGCGGACGUCUUCGCCGAAAAAACAAGAGGUUCAGAGACGAACGUACUCCCCAGAACAAGAAUACGUUGAGAGGAGAUCAGUUGCAUAUGAUAGGGAGUCUCCACGACAACAGCAAUAUUAUGAUAAAUCAUCACCUACUAAUACAUCAUUCGAAGGAGAAUCCAACGAGAUCACAACUACAUACCGCGAAACGAAGUUAGUUAAUAGUCAGUCGGCCAGCUGCAUCAAGGAAUAUACCAAUGGAAAUGGAGAAAGAUACAGUUAUCAUUCAGGAAGUGAAUAUUGCGUAACCCAAGUCCCUGCAGAUAGGGCAAGGGACAGAGAGAGGUAUACUUGCCCAGCUGCACAUCGAUCACAUUUCACACGGAGACCUGUUACGAGGAACUCAAAUAUUCUUUCGGCAGUGUUAUGCCUGGUUAAAGAAUUGGAUUAUCCCAGUUUAGAAGUGGUAGAAAUGGCAGUGAGAUGUAGAAUGGACGAAAUGGCGGAAUGACAUACGAAAUCACCUGACGAUAACAUCGCACAACACAUUAACGAACAGCUUUAAUAAAAGGGUCUGAGAUUUCCAUACUUUUAUUGUUUAUACAUUUAUUAAUAUAAGUACAUAGUAUUAUAUAAUUUUACAGGUAAUUAAUGGGUUGCAUUUGAUUGAUUUCCGUUUCAAUUUAGUCUUUUAAAUAUUUGCCAUUUCACUCUAUUUAUUAUUAUCUUUGUAUUGACUUUUUAAUUUCUUUCUGCGUUUUCUAGUUGAUUGUAGAAAGUAAAAGUUUUUGUCUUCGGUUAGCAAUUGAAAUUAAAUAUCUUCAAUAAUAUAACACAAAGAAAUGAAAAGGAUAUAAAAACCAAAAUAUUUUUGUGUAAAGUACCUAGACUGGGAAAUCGGCUAGAAAAUUUAAACCGAAUAUAACAAAAUUCACUUUGGCAGCAUUGUGUAAAGAUGAUUAUAUGACAUAAUACAAAUUUAAUCGUUUAAUUUAACCCAUUAAUACUACAGACUUAAUUACCUAAUAAAAAUGACAAUUGCUUAUACGUACCUUUCUUUUCUUUUUUGAUAUUUACAUUUAUCAUUUUCAUAGCACGUGUAGGGAAAUAAUAAAGACAUGUAACGAUUUUGUAUUUUCCACAUUGUUUUUAUAUAAACUCGUAUGUACUUAUACAUUUAUAAAAUUUUAUAACAAAGAGUUUCUAUACUCUCGAAUUAUUGUUAUGGACACGCUUCGAACGCGUGAAAAUGUAAAUAUAUCUGUAACGAUAAAGAAAGUUGAAAGUACUUUAUGAAAUUUGAGCCUGCUCACAAUAUACUAGGCUCUUCAAUAAGUUUUAAACAGAUUGAAGUCGCUAGGGACCAAAUUUGAGGAAUAGGCUGGACAAAAUUCAUGAAUUUUAGCCAUUGUUAAAAUGACCAUACGACACAGUGAAUUGUCCUGAUGAAAAAGGAUUUUUUCUUCUGCAAACCGAGUCUUUUUUACGAUUUUUUUCCUUUAGCUGGUCUAAAAGGUUACAAUGAUAGGUAUCCAGAAUUUAUUGUUUUACCAGUUUGCAAGUAAUCCACAAACAGAAUUCCUCUCGCAUCCCAAAAACUGACGCUAACCCCUUCCCUAAUAACACCAAACAUUCCAUGUAUGUUCCUAGAAUAUACACACAGGACAUUGAAAACAUUCCUGGAAUGUCCUCAAAAGCACAAGAACGUCCCCUAAAUGUCCCAGGAAAGUAAUGUGUCAGCAUUUUAAACAUUCCUUAAUGAAUGUCUACGAAUGUUCUUUGGACAUUCACAGUAUAUUUUUUAGACUUUCCCUGGAUAUAGUCGCUGAUGUGACAUAAUACAGUGGAACCUCGAUAAGUCGGAUUAAUCGGGACCGCGGCCGAUCCGGGUUAUCGAAAAUCCGGGUUAGCCGGAGAAUAGGGUAAAAAUUAAUAAAAUACGGUACUCUUACAGAUAAACUUAUUGUAAAUUAUAAUUGCCAAGAAAAUGAAAUACUUACGUCCAGUACAUCUAAAUUACGUAAAGUUGUAUACAUUAUUGUUUAUUUCUUGGUAAAAAAACUCGGUCAAAGUGAAAACAUUUGUAUUUUAUCUGAUGAAAAUCGAUCCGGGUUAUCGGAGGCCGACUAACCCGUUGUCCUAGGUGAGCGACGGAAAACGACGCGACGCGAUGCGAUGCGACCAGUAAUUCACGCGACGCGAUGCGAUGCGACCAGUAAUUCACGCGACGUGUGGCUUAUGUAGCGUCGCAUCGCGUCGCUUUCCAUCACUCAAACCAGGACAAACGUGACGAUGUCAAUUAUUCAUUCCUAUUCUUAAGUUGGGGAAGUAUACGGCAGUGUUACUAGAAAAUUCAUAUUUUAAAUACUUAGCAAAAAAAUUCCAUAAACGAAAAAGAAAGACAACAAAUGUCAUAUAUUUAGAACGAGUAAAUUUGGAAAGUUUAAUCAUUUAUAUCCGAAAUUAAUGAAAUAAUCCACGUUGGUUUAAAGAGUAUUGUGGCUUAUUCACUUUCGAUUAUAUCAUUGCAGCUGUUAAACUCAGUAUUAAUAACUGAGCUAUCAAUAAGUAAUUUUCAAAAAACAAAUUCUAUUGAGGAGAGGCUGUUACUGACUUUAAGGUAUGUUAAUGAAAAAACACUGGUACUAUAUAGUUAUUAUUAGUUUUUAUUUAUUUAAUAAACUAUUGCGUAGCAUAAUUUGAAUUAAAAAAAGCAAUGGGGCGUCACACUGUGUCGUGUCUCGUCGCGAACAAAUCAAGUUCGCACUUCGUCGCGUCUUGUCGUAGACUGAUUUACCCGAAAACGUAGGCCAUACACAAAUACAACCAUUACUUGAUAUUUUCGCGCCGUGUCGCGUUGUCGCGUUUGUCGUUCACCUAGGACAACGGGUUAUCGGAGUUCCACUGUACCUCCCGUUUGUUUUUUUAUGAGUUUUGUAAGAGAGACUAAAAACUUUUUUUUUACAGUCAGCUCCUGUUUUCAUAUGAUAUUUUUUGACAUGUUUUGUAGUAAAUUCAAUGAUCGAUUUACUACAAAACAUGUCAAAAUUUACAUGUGAAAACAGGAGAUGACCCUAAAAAUGGUUUUUCGUCUCCUACAAAAUUCAUGAAAAAGCAGAUAGGAGGUAUUGUCACAUCACCGACGAUAUACCAGAAGUAUAUGUGGCCAUACCAAAUAAUACAUCCUUGAUAAAUAUAAACAUUUUUAUUGCACAAAAUCUUGUCAUAUAUUUUUUCCAUAAUCAUCACUUCGAUGAUGAUUCAUUGUAUUGAAUUGUACAUUACAAUUACAAUCUGGUCAUAACUGACCAAUGAGCAAUUUUAAUUUAACCUAAAUUACUACUGUUCCUUAAAAUGAAGAGCUUACCCCAUAGCGUCUCUUAUCUAAUCUAACAAGAUGGUGCACUAUUUUAACAUAGACAGGCACACAAGCACUAUACUCUGCUUUUCACUAUCACCUAUCACUCAAACUAGUUCAAAAGGCUUUGUUCUCUUCAAUCUUCUAGUUUGCCCAGUAGUAUCGAGGAGCUGGAUUUCCUCAAUAUUCUCGUACUUAUGAAGUUGUUGCUCGUGACUUCCUGCCAUCUUCUUGCUGAUUAUAUCUAGGUUCCAUUCCUAGGUCCUUAUGGAGAUCACUGUUUGUCUCAUACAAUAUUUCUCAGUAUUUUGUUCUGGAAUCUUUGUAUAAUUUUUAUAUUACUUGGUCUAGUACACCCUCAUAGUGGGCAUCCAUAAAUCCAUACAGGUCUUAAUAUUUGUUUAUAAAGUAAUAACUUAUGCAUCGACAAUGUGGAGUUUCUUCCAAUUAAUUAGCCAAUACACUUUUUAUAUCCUUUUUUUGCCUUUCAUUGCCACAAGGCUAUACGUUUCCUUCCUGUUUUUUUUGUAGACCUCUUUCAGCUGAUUCUAAAAAAAUAAAUAAAAUAAAUGGUAAUUUUUCUAUUUUUUACAAUUGAACGGGAUUCUGCAGAAAGGAUCCAAACCACACUUUGUUAAAACUGAGAUAUUAGCCAAAAACUUUACGAUAAAAUUUAAAAUUCUCUAUUAAAAAUAAUCAUGGUUUAACAAUAAAAUCGUUAAUAUUUGCAUUAGAUUUGAUUUAACACAUACUGCUUGAUUCAAGAAAACAGUUGUUUCCCAAAAAAAAUCCACUUUUGUGGCUUGGUUCUCUUCUGCAAAACAACUUAAGUGAAUUCAAAGUGAACAAGCAAUUAUUUUAAAAUAAUUGUAAUUGUAAAAUACAAUAAAAGAAUGUUAAUAUGAAAUUACUGGGUUUUAAUAAUUUGUUCGAUUUCAAAAUCUGGGAGUCCCUGAAUUCAAGAAAACAGUUGUUUUAAAAAAAGUCCACUUUUGUGGCUUCGUUCCGUUCUGCAAAACAACUUAAGUGAAUUCAAAGUUAACAAACAUUUAUUUUCCAUUAUUGAGUUACAUAAUCAGGCGUAUAAUCUAAAAAAAUGUUAGUAUGAAAUUACUGGCAUUUAAUAAUUUGUUCUGGAAGUCCCGUGAAUUCGAGAAAACAGUUGUUUUAAAAAAAUCCACUUUUGUAGCUUGGUUCCCUUCUGUAAAAUAACUUAAGUGAAUUUGCAUAAAGGAACCAACCCACAUGGAUCUUUUCUGCAAAACGCUGUCAUGCUGCAACGAUAAUGUUGGUUGGUUCUUUCGCUCAUAGAGGACGGUAUAUAUCGUAUGUGGCUUGGUUAUUUUCUGCACAAGUAUCUACGGGGUAUUUUACAACCUAUGAGACUGUUAAUAGGAAAAAUACAUAUUUGUGGUUUGGUUCCUUUCUGCAGAAUCCCGUCCAAUUAAAAAUCAAAAGAAAUAGGUACUAUUUACAGGUAAUAAUAUGCAUAAAUAAUUCGUUUAAUAAAGAAUAAAGAAAAUUGAAAACGGAUUUUAUAAUACUUACAUAAUUGUUUAAACAAAAGAGAUUCAGUCAGAGCAAAACUAACAGGGAGAACAGCAAAAAAACCACUAAUUUCCAUUUUCCCAAUAUUCUUUAUCUAUGCAUUUUCCAAUCAUAAAUUUUUAGCUUAUCAUGAAAUGUGAUGACCACGCGACCUUACAUAGAUACACGCGCGGCAAAUUUGAAAAUGAACGCAAAUUGAAUAGUAAAUGGCCUCUCUUAAAAUAUAGGACAUUGGUAGUAUGUUCAUAGAAUGUCUUGUGGUAACAUUCCACCAAUAAUUUAAUCAGAUGUUUACCGAAUGUUCCUUGAAUGUCCAGGACAUUCAUACAUUAAUAGAACUUUUAUAGUACAUUCCUGGAAUGUUUUGUGUUGUUAGGGUUAUAGUUAAACAGUAAUUUUAAUAAUUAUUAAUAAAUUCAACAAAAAUACAAAUAAUCGUAAGGCUUAGAUAUCUAUUUAAUGAAUGAUAACAAACUGAUUUUGACAUAUUUUAUGACAGCGUUUCAUGUCAAAUUGCAAUAAUACUACGCAUGCGUAAUCUCUGAAAUCAUCUGAACUGGGUUCAUGAACGCUUGAAUUUCAGCGUUCAGAAUGAACGUUCAUAUGAAGAGUGUACCAACAUAACAAAAAAAUUAGGCUAGUAGCAACGCCCUCUCUUAUCGAAUCGCAAAAGUUAUUGAACAGCCUAGUAUAAUAGAAAAGAAUAAAAGAUUUAUACGUACAAUGAUUUUUAUAACCCAUAAUUUGGAAUUGUUUUGUCCCGACGACGUUUCGUCUGCUUCUGCGACAGACAUUAUCAAUAGAGAGAUAUUGCAUAAUCACUUUUGCACUUGCUGUAAUACAGCACUCGUUAUUUUGACAGUAGAGCAUGCGCAGAUGUGAUAUUUGGCUUACGCUGCGGUAUUGGAAAUAGUGCCUGCCGUUAUUAGGGGAGCCGUUACGCUCGUAACGUUGCGCUAUUUUCUUUUCAGGUUAUGUUUGUUGUUUGCCUUUCAUUUAAACCAAGUUUAUUUGUAAUAAUUUUCUAAAAUGAGUACCCCUCAGACAGUAGCAUACGAAUCAGAUUUACAUCUGAUGACGAUUUGUGUUUAUUAAAAUAAGUUUUAGGUCAAAAUCAAUUGACUUAUUCAGAAAAUUGGACGUUAGUUCAGGAAAACAUGAAGUGUACAACAGGAAAUUUUUUUAUUUUAAGAACACUCAAGGAUCAUUAUUUGUUUCUCAUGCUCGAUAUUUGGUAGAGAAUUCAAACUUUCCUUCCAUUUAAAUCAAAUUCUUUAUUUUUAGCAUGUAAUAGGUAAUAGGUGUAGGUUCAUCUUCCAGAAUGUUAUGCAAGAUGAUAAAUUAUAUGUCUUUAUCAUUAGCAUUGGCCAAAAUGAGAGCUUCUAACUAAAUCUUGAUCCAAAAGUGCAUACAAAUUAGACAAACAACUAAUCUUGAUCGAGCCUUAAAAAAAAUACUGCCACCAAAAUUUUGAGCAAUAUCUGUAUUUAUGACACGUCUGAGAAAUGUCAAUUCUGUCAAAAUAGCGCGAUGUAAAUAGCGCAACGUAGGCUGUGUUAAAUUUGCAAUAUAUCUCUAAUGUUUGUAAGUAUUUGUUCUACUUCAAAUGAGAUGCAUAUCGAUGGAUUCAAGAGACAUCCACGCAAUUUACUUAUGAUAAACGUGAAUAGAAAGAAUAAUUUGUCGAUAUCAAUCAUGGUACUUUUGUUUUUUUACUGUUUAUAUUAUUUAUUUUUGGUUGCAAAUGGAUAAAUGUAAAUUUGAUAUAACCGAUAAACAGGCUUAGAUUUCAUAAAAUGCUCUGGGUAGCUUUCUCUAAAAAAAAUAAUAACCCAGGUACUUAAAAUCGCACUAAAUAAAUUAAAUACAGGUAUAAUGAAUAUGUAAGAUUUUUAUUAAUUUAUAGACAUUUUUAUUCUACAUAUAGAUCUUUUUUGUAAAUAUUUGAAACGCAUAAGAAACUUAAAAUUGGUCGAAGUAUACGCAUUUCUUCGAUUGAAAAUAAAAUAUAGUUGUUCUCAGAGCCUUCUUUCAGUGCGUCACAAGUGACAGAAAUAAAGGUACGUCCGUGAUUAUACACCUUUAUAACAUUUCUUCUAGUUGCUGAUAGAUGACGCUAUAAUCGGAAAAAAUGAUUAUCUAUACGACUACAAUCUAGAGUUCUUCUCAGAUCCUUAUUUCAGUGUGUCUUUAAUUUUGACGUCAUAUGGGAUUUUAAGAAUAUGUAAAAUCAUUGCAUGACAUUUCAGUUAAAUCUGACAGUUGUCAGAAUCGCAAUUAGCCAAAUAUGAAAAGGUUAUUGCAGUAAAGGUAUAACACUUUUAUUUGUAAUUUAGUAUAAAAACAAAUCAAUAGUGUUUAUUGUAUUUGUAAAAAGUUCUGUUCUUUGAUGUGUAUAGUCGCAUAAAUUGUAUAGAUUAUAGUCGUAUAGAUAGUAGGUAAAUUAUUUUUUAUUAUAGCGCCAUCUAUCAACAACUAGAAUAAAUGUUAUAAAUGUGUAUAAUCACGGACGUACUUGUUUCUGUCACUUCCAACUUAAUGAGUUAAAAAGAAAUCGAAAUGUGACUCAUUGAAAGAAGGUUCUGAGAAGAAGUAUAAUAAAAUAGUAAAAAAGAAGUAUAAUAAUUUUACAGACAAAUGAAUCAGUUAUGAGUUUUCAGUGAAGAGGAAUGUUUGAAAGCUGCUUGAACAUCAAAAACUUUAGAAUAGUUAUUGAAUUUACUAUAUCGAACAAAAAAUUCGUGUAGUUUGUAAUAAUUCACAAAAUAUAGUUUUAAACUUUCGUAGAAAGAAUUAUGUUUAACUUACUAGCGUAGAAGACUCGAUGCACAUUUGCGUGUUUUCAAGCUGCAUGCACGCUGUGAGCAAGCUACGUGUGAUCGCUUGCGGUUCAGCAGUACAUGAGUUUAAUUUAUUCUCUGCACACUCGAGCUAAGCUGCUUGCAAGUGACUUGCUAACCGCGUGGACCUACUGCACGCCGCUUGAAAAUAAGUCAGGCGGUUUGGCAGUCUGUGUUGGGCAAUCAUUCAGUACACGUUGACCGCGCGAUCGAUAUCAACGUGAUGCAGAGCGGUUUAUUUCUGGCGUGUACUGACGCCGAGAAAUCGCUCAAAUGUCUGUUGACGGGAAACUUGGCUCAAGCAAUUUGCUCGCAGCGUGCACGCAACGUGAAAACACGCAAAUGUGCAUCGAGCCUUAGGAAACGAGAAGUAGGCAAUAUAAUAUAUCGUCGGCCUCAUAUGAAAAGUGCCUAAGUCCCACGAUAAUCAAAAAUGAGAUUUUUGCGCCAUCUAAUUAAUAUUUAUGGUACACAUGCAUAGCAAGACAAAAAAGUCAAUAGAUGUCGCUAGAACCACAAAAAAGAAUUCUACAAACUCAUUCUUUCAAUGGUUCUUUCAAUCAUUUUUUUUGCGUUUCCUAUAAAAUUUGUUAAUUUGGACUUGGGCACUUUUCAUAUGAGGCCGACGAUAUGUCAAAUAUUUUGUAAGACGUAAUUUUAACUUAUUUCUCCAAUAUCUUUGGGAAAUAGUGAUAUCUUAAACGCAUUGUUGAAUUUUUUACACAGGCAGCUGCUCAAACCGUUUUUAUAACGAUUAUAAUAAAUAAAUUUUUACUACUAUUCAUAUUUACCUACAUUUUAGACGCUAGUGUGUAAAAACACUAUCAUUAUGUAAUCUACAAAAUACCCUUUCGGUUAUCAAGUUGUUAGCAGCACUAAAAUGGAUUUUCUCAAUUUGUUGCUAUGUAGUUACAUAGAAACACUAUUUUUUGUAAAGCCAUUCUUCGGAAGAACGAAACAAACAAUAUAGACUUAUUAUUGAACUGGAAAAAGGAUGAAGAUUGUCCCAAAAGCCCAAACAUCAAGGAGUACGAAUAGUUGAAAGGAAUUAUUGACUGAGUGGCACCACCAAUAUUAUAAGAAUCUUCUUGAAGCUGCUAGAGACAAGACCCGAAUUGGAAGUCUGCUGAGGAUGCGAGUUCCGGGUAGGUGAAGUGAAGUACUUCCCAUUGUGUACAAGCACAGUCAUUACCACAGUCAAUACAUGCUAAUAACAAAGAAAACAAAUAUACAAACAAACAUACAUUUGGGAAAUGUACCGAUAGAAAGGGUUGAUAAAUACAAAUCCCUAGGAACCUGGAUUUCAGACAAUAAUGACUAAGCAACAGAAAUUAGGGGCAGGAUAGAAAUAGCAAGAGAUGCGUUUGUAAAAAUGAAAACAAUUAUAUGCAACAAAAACCUUAGAUUCAAACUGAGACUAAGAGCUUUGAGAUGCUACGUGUCUUCGAUACUGCAAUAUGGACUUGAAAGCUGGACAUUGAAGCAAGAACACUUACAUAAGCUACAGUUCUUUGAAAUGUGGUGUUACAGGAGGAUGCUUAGAAUAGCAUGGAUACAGAAGUAAACUAACACUUGUAUCUAAUAACUAAGUAUUGCGAGAAAUGGUCAAAGAAUACGAAAUAAUAAACACAAUAAAAAUAAGAAAGUUACAAUAUCUGGGACACGUAAUGAGGGGACAGCGAUAUGAAAUGCUAAGACUGAUAAUACAGGGAAAGAUAAGAGGAGGAAGGAGUAUAGGAAGAAGGAGAGUGUCCUGGUUGAAGAAUUUAAGGGACUGGUUUAAAUGUAUAAUAAAAUAGGUUCUGUAAGGGGUGAACGUCCCUCUGCUAGGGGUUGGAUGUCAGGAAUACACUAAAUACUCAUACUAUGUUUAUUUAAUCACUAUAUACGCUAGUAACGAGUUGGUGGACAAAGUCUAUAUUCUAACUACAUUGAUGUCUAAAUAAUGAAUGAUCCCUGCUUUACUUUCUCCGUAUCUAUAAAUAAAUCGUAAUUGUUUUGUUAUGAUUUCAUACUUGAAUGUGACCAUGAAAUACUAAUAGUAACAUAAUUGCUGACUCCGUUGUUUUUCAAAACGAGUGGCCUACAUUGCAGAAGCAAUGUCACCUAAUUUACGAAAUCAAAACAAUGCAUGUAAAUAAUAUUUGUUUGAGACUUUUAAAAAUUAAAUCGAUAUGGAUUACUCUUAUCUUUUGGAUGCUAAUAUAAAUCCUGUACAAAUGCAGUUCUAUAGAACUCUUCAGAGCAGCAGUAGAUAGAGUAAAGAUAUUGAUGAUGAUAUCCAACCUCCGAUUGGGAGACGGAACUUAAAAAAGAAGAAGACAGUCAUUACCAGGAAGUGACACUAUGCUGUUUGCUUACACCACUAUAUCAACUGACAAUUACAGGAAUCAAAGCUGCGCAGUUUUGUACCACUCUUCCACUUGUAAAUACAUAUGUUCGGUUUCUGUUAAAAACAUAUAUGAGCUCUCUAGCGGUAGCAACUCAAACUAGAUUUAAAUCACUUUGUCAAAUGAUAGGAAUCCAAUAAAGUGAAAAAGUGGUAAAGUCAAAAUUUUAAUUGUUUAACUUACGUCACUCUGACUCUAAGUGGCUCAAAUAUUGCGGGGCACUGAUUGAACAGCGAUAACGAUGAUGAUUAUCAAGUAGAGGCUCCAGCAAUACAACAACGUUUCAUUUUUUAGUAUACUUGCCAACAAAUUAUUGCAGAAAACCGUAUCUUAACGUUAUUACAAAGUCAUUUGUAUUUGAGUAGUAUCGUUAAAUUUCGAGAGGUAAACAUACUGAAUAGCAGGUAUAAUAAUUAAACGUACAACAUACAGUAAAACCUCCGUUAACCGAAACAUCGUUUAACCGAAACGGCUGACACUCAAUAAUUUCGUCAAUAAAAAGUAAAUUUUUAUCGAAAAGCUGAAACGAUUCGAUGUUAAUUUGUCAACAUUGUCAACUUUGCUUUCAUACAACUAAAGAACGCAAUUAAAUAUACAACACAUUACGAAAUCACCUUAUAUUAUUGUUUAAUACUAUCUUUGACCAAGAAUACUAUGCAAUUUGAUACAAGAAGAAUACAACACCCAUGUUAUUUUUAACCGAAAUUCUUGUUAUCCGAAACGGCUUCCCCCCAAUUAUUUCGGUUGAAGGAGGUUUGACUGCAUUAACAAUAGAUUACUUUCUACCUGUGCUGGAAGCUGAACCACACCACUCAAAUGCAAAUGAUUUUGUAAUAAGCUUAAGAUUAAGGUUUUAUGAAAUAACUUGAUGGCAACUAUACUUCAUUGCUGAGUUGCGUACAUACAUGAUGACUGAAAGGGUUAAAAAAAUUGAAAUUGAUUGUAUUUGAACGCUUGUGCAAUAAUAAAUUAUCGAAAUUCAAUGCACAGUGUGUCUUUGAAGUUUUCUCAAGCAAACAGCGGACACCUUGUGAUAUUACAUUAAACAUUUUAAAGAUUAUUUCAUUGUUUUAUAAGGUUUUUCUAUUUAUAUUGGGUGAUUUACAAUAAAGAGGGUCAAAGAAAAAGUGAAACUUUUGUAGCAUUUAACAUCAAGAAAAGAUAAAUUGAACAGACGUUUUUAGUUAUGUUUAUUACGGAUUUACAAAUUUGCUUUCCUACAUUUUUACAAAAAAAAAUACUUACAUAGAGGAUAAAGAGACUAGAAAAUAUAUAAUUAACUUCUUUUCUUGAAAAGAAAACUAAAUGAUUUUGUCAAAAAUACUCUUAAAGGAAGUUAGAGCUUUUUAAGAAUGACGUUUUUAUAACGUAGUAUUACAUAGGAAUAAUAGUUUAGUGUUUUAUUUCUUAGUGGAAUUUGUUCUCUGUUACGUGGUAACAAGUUUUUUCCAUCCAAACAUUUGAAACAAAUGAUUAAAAAAAAAUAAACGAUUAUGUUAGUCAAACUGAAAAGCCUCAGCUGCAGAAUUCACCAUUAUAAUAAAAAUUAAAAUGGUAAAUAGUUAUUUAAAUCUGAAACUUUUCUUGUUGAAAGUUCUUUUUGGUACAUCCUUUAUCUGCGACU